CGAAUCAGGAUGGGUUUGUCAUUUUUUGGAUAUAACAAGUCAUAUAAAUAAAUGAUAUUAUCAUGCCAACAACCACUUCAGAGUUUUAAGUUUUUGAUCUUCACCUUUUUUUUUUCGUUCUUUCGUUUUUCCCGCAUAAUUCUUUAAAAAUGGGAGAUAAGAAUAAUAAAAGAAAAAGACUUGAUCCUACUUCCACCGAAAAUUUUGGUAGUAAAAAGAAUAAACGGGAUAAUGCACUUCCACGAAGACCGAAUGCCGACCAAGAGAACCAAAAUGGAUGUCGUUCUCAUAUUUUGUCGAACCGUCCUGGUUUAUUUUUGCAUUCUUGUGAUUUAGUAUUAGAAAUAAAUAACUCUGCUAAACAAAGCAGUUCAAAACAAAAGAAUAAAAAAAAUACCUAUCUUUACACCAAAUAUUUUUCGGAUGAUGAUGAUGAUUAUGCUGUUAUAGACAUCAUUUAUCCAGGUGGACAAAGAGAGAAAUUUGCUUUAGCAAGUUCUACAAAGUUUGAAUACGACCCCAUAGAUGAAUUAUUUAGAUUUGUAGAAACGUUUAUUUUUUAUUUUAUCGAUAAUGGAGUUAAAAAAGAUGACGAAGUCGAUGAACAUUCGGAUCCAAAGUCACACACUGACAUUCAAAAACGGUUUACUUAUUCUAAGGGCGGAUUAAGAAACCAAAAUUCAGUAUACAGGAACCUCCGAUCUUCUAUAAGAACCAAACGUAAAGAUAGAUUCAUUGAAGCCAUAAAAAGCUUCAAUUGUCAAAUGGAUUACUUAGUACAAAAUAAUGAUCUAGAUCCAUUCCUUAAAGAUAGGAAACCUGAGGGCUGUUUAUUAGAAUUUAUAUUAGAACAAAUUUAUGCUCGUUGUUGUAGCGAAACGGAUUUACCGAACAUUACAAAGGCUAAAUCCUUUUCUGAUGCUACUUAUGGUGAAUUGCGAUUUGCUCUUGUGGAAGAAAUGAUUCAAGAAGCAGGAAUCAAUGGAAAUUCAAUCUUUGUUGAUUUAGGCUGCGGUAUUGGAAAUGUGGUGAUUCACGUAAAUGCUAGGGUUGGGUGUGAUUCCUACGGUGUAGAGUCGAAUGAAGCUCGACAUGAAAUAGCAGAUAGACAAAUAAAUGAAUAUAAAGGCAGAAUGGCUCUCUGGGGAUUAGAUCAAACUGGUACAGUUGAAGUAAUGAAAGCCGACUUUCUCAAUUGCGAUUAUGUGGUUCGCUUGUUAAGAAAGGCGGAUGUAGUUCUUACCAAUAAUUAUGCAUUUGCCUCCUCUACAAAUGAAGCUCUUACAAGAUUGUUCUUAGAAAUGAAAGAAGGAGCAAAGAUUAUAAGUCUUAAAGAUUUUAGAACUGGCGCUAAUCGUAAUGGUCCAGAAUCGAUUUUAAAAGUUACUAAAUAUUCCUAUCCUCCAGACAGGAAUUAUGUUUCAUGGACCAAUGCUGACGGCUGCUAUUUUGUUUCAACAGUUAGACAUAAUUAAACUCGGUUGAAUUAUUUUUAUUCAUUAUAAUUAUUUAGCUAUUGAUUAGAACAAUUUUUUAAAAAAACAAUUGAAGUGUUUUCAAUUGAUAUUUUUACAACAGAUUUAAUGACUAUUAUUUUUUUUAAAAAAAAUAAUGGUUUAUUUAGAUAUUAUUAUAGAAAUUUUUUAUUAAAUCUGACAUUUUCUUAUUAAUAUUAAAUCAAUGAAAUUUUAAUAAUUU